UCCGCCGCCGGGUCGCACACCGCCGCCGCGCCGCCGUCGACCCAGUCCAACCCCUGCCCCUGUUAAAACACCCGGCCGGCCACUCUUUUUUCUCGUUAACGAGAAGGGGGAGCCCAUUAUAUUGGCACGAACUGGGACGGGAAGGAUAAAGAAACAAAUCCGGCAAAAGAAGGCGAUGGGCACCGUGCUGGAUUCCCACUUCCUGGCGCUCACCGCCCUCGUCACCGUUGGGUACCAGCUGGUGUUCUUCAUCAUCACUGCUCUCCUCCGCUUCGACAAGGUCACGGAUUUCGCCGGCAGUACAAACUUUGUCAUAAUUGCCGUCCUCACAGCAGCUUUGAAGGGAACAUGGCACUUCCGUCAGGUUGUGUUGACAGUGCUUGUCAUUGUUUGGGGACUUCGCUUAGCAGUGUUUUUACUAAUGAGGAUUUUGAAUUGGGGAGAGGAUAAACGGUUCGAUGAGAUGCGCAGCAACUUGGGAAAAUUAGCAGUAUUUUGGAUUUUCCAGGCUGUCUGGGUUUGGACUGUCAGCCUGCCUGUUACAAUUGUGAAUGCCAGUGACAGAAACCCUUCGAUUGAAGCUCGGGAUAUCAUUGGUUGGAUUAUGUGGGUCGUCGGGUUAUCUGUGGAAGCUAUUGCGGAUCAACAGAAGCUUACGUUCAAGAAUUCUCCAAGCAAUAAGGGAAAGUGGUGUAACGUGGGUCUUUGGAGUUAUACUCGCCACCCAAAUUACUUUGGCGAGAUGUUACUUUGGUGGGGCGUGUUUGUAGCAUCAGCCCCGGUUCUCUCGGGAGCUGAAUGGCUCGUAAUCUUGGGACCCAUCUUCCUGACAUUGUUGCUUCUUUUCGUUAGUGGGAUCCCACUUCUUGAGUCAUCUGCUGAUAAGCGCUUCGGUCGGUCAGAAGAGUACCGCACAUACAAGAACACCACAAGCCCUCUUAUCCCAUUGCCACCUGUUGUGUAUGGAGCUCUGCCUGACUGGUUCAAGGUAGCAUUCCUCCUGGAGCUGCCCCUCUACAAUCCUGGACCGGAACGCGACCCUGUCAGCUGAACACUGAAUGUGCAUUGUUCUGCUUUUAUCUUGAUUGAUUAUACAUGUACACUGUUAUUGUGGAUCACUGGUUAUUUCCCCCUUGAUUUCAGGGGUUUAGAGUGAGUUUGUGCAUAUGUAUUUUUCCAUAGUAUUCAAAAGAUAUCUUUACAAUUAAGGUUUGAUGUA